AUGAUAAUAGCUGAGAAUAACUUUAAUUUCUGCUCCUUUCAGUUGCUGUUGCUGCUGGUUGUGUCCUCAGCCUGCGCUCAGCACCUGGAGAAGAUUCAGCCACCAGGUGAAAACGUCUUCUCCCUGAAACCAGAUCCAGUGGAUGAUGUUGCUAAAGUCAAAGCUAAUGUGUCCGUCUCAAUGAUCCGACGUGUUCUGCCUUCUGCUCCGUUCAGACAGAAAAUCCCAGUUAACUCGACGCUCCCAGAGUUCGGUAAUACAGGAAAACUGCAGUGGGCGACAUGGGAGGGUUCCCUUCCCAAUGGAGCCGUUUCUAUUUACAACAAUUACGCCAAAAGAAUCGACUUCAUCUGCAAAGUCAGAUGUCAUUCUGGUUUUUACAACCCCAGCAAAGGCCCUUACUGCCAUUAUCCCGAUAAAAAGAAAGAGCAUCGUUCCUCCUCUUUUCAAGUCCUGGUGAAUGAAGAUAAUUUUGAGAUCCUGGAGUGGAAGGAAGGUUCUUAUGGUUCUGUUCCACAGAAUUCAGUCAGAACCUGCUCCAGUGAGGAAAUGUAUGUAGGGAAGAACAAGUACGGAUUGGGGAAGGUUGACCCAAAGAAUAAAUGCUUUUAUCUUCCCUGGAAGGGGAAGGAAUAUUGGUACAUGAAGAAAUAUGAGGUUCUGACCCAGAUGAAGGCUGAAAAUGAUUUAAUCUCUGAUGUUAAAUAUAACACAAAGAAAGAAAAGAUCUUCAAAGAGCCUCCAAAAACCAUGCAGAGCUCUACUGUUACUAACCAUGCCCUCAGACCUGUGACGAAGACGGUUUCUUUGACUAAGACAACCACAGAAGAGAGACGGUGGGACAUCAGCUCCUCCGUCACAUUCAGCCUAAAAACUACUAUCAAAGCAGGAUUUCCCAAGAUUGCAGAAGGAGAGGUUGAAAUCGGUGUUGAGACAACUCAUACAUUCUCAGGUGGAAAUACCUGGACAGAGGAGAUCUCCCACUCUGUCUCUUUAGAGCUUACCGUACCACCAAACCACAGCUGCACAGUAAAGAUGGUUGGUUUUCAGUACAAAAUGGAGAUUCCCUUCACCGCCCGCCUCAGCCAAACCUAUGAAGACGGAGAGACCAGAUCAGUCAUCAUCUCUGGAUCGUAUUAUGGAGUCCAAGUUGGAGAUAUUGGGGCUGAAGUGGAAAGAUGCAAACCUUUGUCCGACUCCAAACACUUUUCUGAAGUGAUGUAGAACAUUUGGAGUGUUAAAACCUGCUAAAGUACAGUCAAUGUGACUUUACUAGGCAUUUGAUAAAGAGCUUCAGCUUCAUUUAUGCUUUUUUAUCCAUACUCUUUAUGGAUGCAAACAGGAGGGGUGCAAUGGUGCAUUUAGUUAUACAGAACAUUUCUGAUCCAGUGGCUGGAUUGUCUGCAUAUCAAAACAUCUCCAAACUUAUGAAGUCAGAUUUGGGAUAAUCGUCUUAAAAACUUCCUGAACAACGGCAACUAUUUCCGACCUGCUUUGUGUUAUUUGAUGCCCUUAUGAAUUGGAGAAAUCAAGCCAAAUCAGUUAUACACGACCCACUUUCUAAAAUUCUGGAAUAAAACUAAACCCCAUUAAUGACGAGACAUGACAUUUGUUGCUUACUCCAGAAUAAAGAAUAUUGAUUCGUUUGACUUAAACAUUAAAAUCAUGGAAUUGUGAUUUUAAA